AUGCAAGGUAACACAACGACCAGCGUUCUCGAAGAAUCUGAGGAGCUUGUUCGCUUCAGACAGCAGUGGCUUGAAGAAGUCCGUAGCAAGAAGCAUCAUCCUCCCACCCAUGAGCAGUCGUCGUCCACAGAAACCCCAGGCUCCUCGGCGCCCGCCUCAGCGGACGCAGGGAGCUCGUCUUCCGCGCAAGAGCCUCCCGCUUCCCCCACUGCACCGCACCACCGCCCCCACGUCCACCGCCCUCCGCGCCAGGGCGCCGAUGUGGUGACUCGGGGCCCGAAGGGGGCCGUCAAGGCCCAGUUCAGCCCGUCCCUCAAGCUUGCGGUGGACAUGUACCGGCACGCGGUGCAGCAAGAGCAGAAGGGCGACCUCGACGAUGCGCUACGGCUCUACCGGAACGCGUUCCGCAUGGAUGCCAACGUCGACCGCGCGUACCACCUUGUGGAGAACGAGGCGCUGCAGAACGCCGUGGCUGUCACCGCUGCCGUCUCGGAGGACGCGGCCGCGGCCGUGAAGACGCACAAGAAGACAGGCUCUACAGGGAGCGCGGGCGAGGUUGACGGGCUGGUGCGCGAGAUGGAGGGAUUAGGGCUGAGCGGAGCGAAGGUGCCUGUCGCGCAUGCGCGGGGAGAGGGCUUCGUCACCGGGACACUCGCCCAGCUGGUCUCCGGUUGGCCGACCGUGCUGGCAUUCGAAGCCGACGAGGAACAGGAAGGCGUACCCCUCCAGAAACUUCCAGACGAGCUGCUCAUCAUCGUCGUUCGGAUGCUCGACCACACCACCAUCGAGCGGUUCGCGAAUGUGAAUCGCAAGGCGCGGGUCAUUACUUUGGAUGUAUCAAUUUGGAGGCCGAUGGUAAAGACAAUAUACCGGCCGCCCAUGAUCGCCGAUGACGAAGAGAUCGAAACGUUGGUUACGAAAUACAUGACGGACUGGCGGCGGGUCUACGUUGAGCAUCCUCGUGUGCGCUACGACGGGGUCUACAUCGCUGUCUGUCAUUACGUUCGUAAUGGCGUUGGAGAGAAUGUCUGGGUUAACUACAGUCACCUCAUCACGUACUACCGAUUCCUACGAUUCUAUCCGGAUGGACAAGUCUUGUCGCUUCUCACCAAUGAGGAGCAAGCCCCCUCUCAAGUGAUUCCGCUUUUGAAACCGUCUCACCGCGCAAAGGGUUUCCUGAUUGGCAAGUGGUACAUCGACGGCACCGAGCUUCACGUUGGGGACCUCACGGAGCCCGACAAACCGGAAAGCCGCUACACGUUCCAAAUGCUCCUCGACUUGCGUUCCCGUCCGGUGGGCCGAUGGAACCGUCUUGAUUUACGCACGUACGACUCGGUCUCUGUCGGUAGCGGGGACGCGUCGCCGCUCGCACUGAAGAACGAGAGGCCGUACUGGUUCUCCAAGGUGCGGUCAUACGCCUGGAACGGAAGGCAAGAAGGGCCGUCGGCGCACCCGAAGUAA